AUGUCUUCAAAUCCAUUUUAUGCAUCAGAAAAUAAUCGUCAUUUUUCUACGAAUGAGCAAGGAUACACUGCUUUGCCUGUUCGCUCGUCAAUAGAUUCGGCUGACGGUGUUCACAGACCUGAAAGUAAUGAGAGUAAUUCAUUACUUAAUGACGACGACGAUAAGUUUGAUAUCACAGAGGAAGAGCUCAAUCGACCAUGGAAAUAUAAAAUCUUUGCAUUAGUGUGCGCCUUAUCUUUGUCUGUUGGAAGUCACUAUGCUGCUCAUACAUUAGGAGCUUUGAAAUCGAAAGUUAAAGAGGAGUUAGACAUCACAAAUUCUCAAUAUGGAAUAAUACAGUCUUCUGUGUCGCUAGUUAACACAAUUUUACCAAUCCUUGGUGGUGUCUUUAUUGAUACAUUUGGAACAUCAACUGGGUCAAUCUUGGCCACAUCACUCAUUGCUGUGGGAAAUAUUUUAGUAGCAUUAUCCACUAAUUUGGCAUCAUUUCCUGUGAUGGUGUUCGGUAGAAUAUUUUAUGGAAUCGGAAGUGGAACUAUUGUCACUGUUCAAACUACCAUUCUUAGUCACUGGUUUAAAGGGAAAGGAUUGUCGAUAGCAGUUGGAGUACAAAUUGCUACGUCAAGACUGUCAUCAUUCUUGGCAAAUUUGACCGUUGUUCGAAUAGCGAAUGUUACUGGAUUUUAUGAGCAAGAAAUUCAAAAACUUAAACAAAAAAAGUCAUUUAAUCCUAGAAAAUUAUUAUAUCUACCAACAAUUUAUUGGAUUUUUGUAUUGCUUGAAUUUGAAUUUGUGACAGCUAAUGCAUCUCAGGGUAUUUCGGAUGAUGAGGCUGCUUCGCGUUCUAGUCUUGCUCAAUUUUUACCAAUAUUCAUAGCCCCUUUUCUUGGCUAUCUUUUGGACAGAUACGGUAGACGUUCCGCCACAUUGAUAGCUUCUGCGGUUUUCCUAACUCUUUCAAUGUUUCUUAUUGGAUUUACUAUGAUAUCUUCAAUUAUAGUAAUGUUGUUAUUUUCAAUAUCUCUUUCACUCGGACCGGUAUCCUUACUUUCAUCAAUUCCAAUUAUACUACCAUUAGAUUAUGUUGGUACAGGAUUGGGAAUUAUAAAAUCUUGUUCAAAUAUUGGUUCGACCUUAUAUGACAUUAUUGUCGGUAUAUUGCAAGAUAUAGAUGGUGGUGAAUACAGACUGGUUAUGCAUUUGUAUUUGGUUACCAGUAUUAUUGCUGUUCUCGUUGCUGUAUGGUUGUCAUUUAUAGCAAGCAAGUGGUACGAUGGAAUAAUAGACAUGAAAGAAGACGAAAGAAGUAAAUAUUAUGAGGAGAUACGAGCAAAACGUGAUCAACAAGGGCAGGAAAGACGUAACAGCUACGAUGGUCAAGAUAUACACACAAAGGUUACAUAUCCAUCAAGACGAAAUUGGGCUUAUGUUACAACUUUCGUUAUGUUUAAACCAUGGUUUAAAGCUACGGGUUGA